AUGAAAUGUACUACAAUAUUAAAUGAAAAAAUUCCAAUUACAAUUAAAUUUAAACCAAUGAAUGAUAUUAUUAAAGACAUUAAAAAACAUAACCAUUUAUUACUUGAAAAUAAUUUAAUUGUAAAUCAACUUAAUAAUUCUUCUACAAAUUCUUUAAGUUCAUCAGAAGAUGAUUUAGUAAAUCAUUUAACAAAAUUUAAUACAAAUUAUUCUACUAAUGAAAAACAAUUAAGUUCAAUUAAAAAUAAUAAGAAAAUUGAAAAGUUUUAUAGUUAUUUAAAUCUUCAAGUUGAAUCAGCAUUAUCUACAAAAUUAGAUAUUGAAGAAAUUCAUUUACAACAUCAACCUAUUGGUGGUGGUACAUUUGGUAUUGUUUAUCGUGCUGAAUGGAGAGGAGUUGAUGUUGCAAUUAAAGUAAUGAAAACUGAUUUAAUUGGAAUAGAAGAAUUAAUGCCUAAUUUCAUUCAAGAAGCAGAAAUGCUUGAAAGAAUUAGAAGUCCAUAUAUUAUUAAUUUCAUUGGAAGUGUAAUAACUGUUGAUACAUUAUGUCUUGUAACAGAAUUUUGUCCAUCAGGAUCAUUAAGAAAAUAUAUUAAAAUGAAUUAUACAAGUGAUUUUUUAAAAGUUAGAUUUUGUCAAGAUAUAGCACGUGGUAUGGAAUAUUUACAUGAAAAUGAUAUUCUUCAUCGUGACUUAAAAACUGAUAAUGUUUUAGUUUAUUCUAUUAAUCCAUAUGAUCAAGUUACAUCAAAAGUUACUGAUUUUGGUACUUCUCGUUCAUUUAUUGAAUCAUCAGGCAAAAUAGAAUUACAAAACAUUGGUACUCCAAUGUAUAUGGCACCAGAAAUUACUAAAAAAAAUUUUGUUACAUUAAAAUCAGAUGUUUAUUCAUUUGCUAUAUGUAUGUUAGAAAUUUGGUUAGGACAAGAUCCAUAUGAUUCAACAGAAUUUCCAAAUUGUGAAUCAAUUUUAAGAUUUGUUGGAACAGGAAAUAGACUUAGUAUUGAUGAUAAUUGUUUUUUUAAAGAUAUAAUAGAAAAGGCAUGGGACCAAAUUCCUGAACAUAGACCUACAUUUAAAGAUAUUAAUAUUUUAUUGGAAUUUUUAUUAAGAAAAAUUCAACCAAAAACUCCUACUCCUCAAAUAAUAAAUGGAAUGAUAACACAAAAUGAUUGUAUUCCUCCUCCAGAUUAUUAA